AUGUUGCUGGGAUCUGGUCAAGCCGUCAACGUAGACAGGGCGCCAAGAUACCACCUGGGCCAAAAGGUAUACAUCAAGUCAAUCCAUAUUCAAUCACUGGCUAACGAGACAAAAGGAUGGCCAGUUCUUGGAAGCGCGCCAGCCCUGGCUGCCGUUGACAUUAAUGGGAUUAUCGGCAUCUUUAAGAAGUGGGCAGAGCAAUAUGGCUCCAUCACUCAGUUCAGCGCCAUGGGUGACAAGCAAGUAAUUCUUACCGAAGAAAAGGACGCAAGAGAGCUGUUUGUCAGGCGAGGAAUCAAGUAUUCUGAUCGGGGGGCCCCCCACGCCGUGGAAUAUAUUUCGAUGAAACAGAAUCCUGGUUUCAGGCCGAAAGACGAUGGAUGGCGUCGCCAGAGAAGCAUGAUACAGAGUGCUAUCAACAUCACCUCCAUCAAUAAGUAUCAGAGACUUAUGGAUGAUGAAGCAACAUUCACGGUAAAUGCAUUGCUACAGUCACCGGACUCGUUUCAUGAAGAGUUCUUGCGAUACUCCUACUCGGUUUUGACGAGCUCGUUGCUCGGCUUCUCAGUCCACAGUCCAUCCGACCCUUUUAUCCACCACAAUGAAACCUUCACGGCGGAACUCAUGAACUCGUUCCGUCCUGACUGCUUCCCGAGCAAUGUGUUUCCCGCGCUCAGAAAGCUCCCUACGUGGCUUCUGCCAAGUUUGAGAACUAUGGAGAGGCUCCGGAAAGAGUAUGUGGGCGAGAUGUGGGCUUUCAGACGAAAGAUUGAGAAGCUUGUCAAGGAUGGCUCGGCGACAGAGUGCAUCUAUAAACACUUUCUCCUGAACCGAGACCAGUAUAGCGUCACUGACGAAGAGUCCGUUCACACCUUUCAGGCCAUGAUCGACGGCGGAACUCGAUCUCCCCACAACAAUCUACUAACCUUCAUAUUCCUCAUGAUGGAGUUUCCCGAGUGGCAGAAGAAGCUCCAAGACGAGGUCGACAAGGUCGUGGGCAAGGAUCGAAUGCCGAGCUAUACGGACAUUCCGAACCUGCCCACUGUGAGAGCUAUCGUGAAAGAGGCCGUCAGAUACAGAAGUAUAGUCGCAGAAAUGGGCAUUGGCCAUUGCCUGCAAACGGACGAUAUUUAUGAGGGCUACUUUUUUGAGAAGGGCACUGUAUUCAAUGCGAUAUUCGCGUCUAUCCUUAUGGACAAAAACAUCUAUCCAGACGGCAAACUUUUCAAUCCUGCCCGCUGGCUUGAGCCUGGUUACCCUACCUACAAGGAACCCCUGACCACGUAUCCUAAUUGUCAAAGAUUUCCAGCAUUUGGAUAUGGUAGGCGAGCAUGCCCAGGCGUGGAAUUUGCAGAGAGGACCCUGGUCAUAAUGUUUGCAAAGCUGGGGUGGACGCUGAAUAUCAAAUGGCCGACUGAUAAGAACGGUAAGGAACUUCGGGAAAAUUUACAGUAUGAACCAGUGCCAGCUCCGAGACCUUUGAAGUUUGGUUGCAAGCUUGAGGCUCGAGAUACAGAUCGAACCAAGAUAGUUGAGAAGGCAGCGAAGCAUUUGAGUCUACAGUGA